AUGCCUAUCUCAAGAUCCCAAGUCUUAGAAAGUGCAAAAAAGUUUCGUGAUCAAUCGGUAUUUUGCAUAUGGCUUUGUAUAUGGCCGAUCAUGGUUUUUGUGAAUGCGGAUGGGUUAGAAAUAUUCUACGGCAAUACAAAAGAAUUAAUAAAACCAUUGGAUUACAAAAUGUUAGAACCAUGGUUAAAAACUGGUCUAUUAACGAGCAAUGGCGCAAAAUGGCGCACACGUCGACGUAUUUUAACACCAUCAUUUCAUGAUACAAAUUUACUAAAUAGCUUUUUACCCAUUUUCAAUGAACAAUCAAAAAUAUGUAUAUCUCGUUUUGAAAAAGUUGUAAAUAAACCUACUAACUUAUAUCCAUAUAUUACUGCAUGUACACUCGAUAUUAUUUGUGAAGCUGCAAUGGGUACAAGUAGUAUGGCUCAAAUAGAAAACUCGACUUAUGUUGACGCUGUUGCAAAAAUUUCUGAUAUUAUAAUUAGACGAUGGACAACUCCUUGGAUUUGGCCCGAUUUUCUAUUUAAAAUGUCUUCACUUGGUCGAGAUCAUGAUAAUACAUUAAAAAUUCUUCAUGAUUAUACGCGAAAAUUCAUUAAUAUUCGAACAGCAGAAUUUGAAAAAAACCAGUUGAACACUAAACGUAUGGCAUUUCUUGAUACUCUCUUGACAAAAAUGCAUGAAGAACGACUCACAAUGGAUGAUAUCCAAGAAGAAGUUGAUACAUUUAUGUUUGAAGGACACGAUACCACAGCAGCAGCACUCUCUUUUGCAUUGUUCCUGAUUGCAUUACAUCCGGAUGUGCAACAAAAAUUAUACAAUGAAAUAGAUCAAAUAUUUUCCGAUGAUGUGGAACGAGCAUGUACAAUGGAUGAUCUAAAACAAAUGGAUUAUUUAGAAUGUGUGAUUAAAGAAUCGUUACGACUUCUACCGUCAGUUCCUGGAAUUCUACGAGAAGCACAAGAAGAUUUUAUAUACAAUGGACACAAAAUUUUAGCUGGAACAAGAUGUGUCAUUUCGAUAUUAGCAAUCCAUCUCGAUCCAAAAUAUUAUCCAGAACCGAAUAAAUUUGAUCCAGAACGUUUUCGACCAGAAAAUACAGCACAACGUUCUCCUUAUGCUUUUAUUCCGUUUAGUGCUGGUUCUCGUAAUUGCAUAGGCAUGAAUGAAAAAACUUCUUUUCUUUUCUAUCCAUUCAACCACAAUGGUAAACUUGCUUCUGUUUGUUUAGGUCAACGUUUUGCAUUAAUCGAAGAAAAGGUAUUUCUGUCAACAUUAUUAAGGAAAUUUUCUUUAACAACCGAGCAGAAAGUAGAAGAUCUUCAUUUAGCCAGUGAAAUUAUUCUAAGACCAACGGUUCCAAUACAAAUCACAUUAAAAUAUCGUCAAGAGUAA